AGAAAUUUCAAAAAUAGUAUAUACCUCUGCAUGACAGUCAACUUCGGCCCUUCUACCUGGACACACAUUCAUACAGAUGCAAAAAAUGACGUCCGGAUUCCCUGCGCUAUAACUACCGGCGGAAAGUAUGACUACAAACAGAGCGGACACCUCAUCCUUUGGGACUUUAAACUUAUUUUAGAAUUUCCUCCAGGUGCUACGAUACUUCUGCCUUCGGCGCUGAUUCGCCACUCCAAUCUCCCAUUAGCAGACGGGGAAACGCGGGUCUCAGUCACCCAGUACACUGCAGGUGGCAUCCGUCGUUGGCUGGAGUAUGGUGGAAGAACAGAGGACGAAUUUCGUACCCAAGACCCCCAAGGAUUUGCACACACUUGGGCAAAACAUCGCGAGGGUUGGACACAAGGCUUAAAUCUUUUUAGUACCUUAGACAAGCUGAAGUCCUGUACAUUCUAA